AUGAGUCAGUUCCAGCACGGCAAGUUCCUGUUAUUUGGUGAUUCGAUCACAGAGUUUGCUUUUAAGCAGUACAUUGAGCCAAAGACAGACUUACUCCAAUUUUCUUUGGGUGCAGCCCUUUCAAAUGACUACAGAAGAAAAUUCCAGAUAGUUCAGAGGGGUUUUAGGGGCUACAACUCGGAACAGGCUUUGCACCUGCUUCCCAAGAUCCUCCAAUACGAGCAUGACACCAAGCCUGAAGCCGAGCAAGUGAAACUGGCCUGGCUAUUUUUUGGUACAAACGAUUCUAGAUUGCCAGGGGAUCAUAGACAGCAUGUUCCAUUGCAACGGUACUCGCAGAAUAUCGCCACGCUAUUGAGCCAAUUCAAGGAAAGAGGCAUUCCUGUGAUUACCAUCAAGCCUUCGAUCCACGAUGAGUUUGCAUGGGACAAAACUCAUCCCGAGGACUUGAAAACGGGAGCACGCAGAAGUAGCGAGAUUCAAAAGCAAUAUGGCGACGCGAUAGACGAAGUUUGCAAGGAAUACAAUUCUCCCACUUUGGAUUUACAUGCUGCGUUUGUCAAGUCGGGACUUACUAGUACAGAGCUUCUUAGCGACGGGGUUCAUUUCACUGGCAAAGGGUACGAGAUAUUUUACGACGAACUGAUGCAAAUCAUCAAAAGAGACUUCCCUCAUUUGCACCCGGAAAACAUUGAGGAAAAAUUCCCGAUGUCGGAUGAAGUUACCAUAGAAAUUCUUGAAGCUCUACAUUAG